UUUUAUUUAUUUAUUUAUUUAUUUUUUUCUCUUGGAACCAGAUUUGGGGAAAUUGGAUUAGGAUUUUAGGGCCUCUUCGUUGAUUUUCGAUUCCGCCAUUGAAGGCAAAGAAAUCAAAUCCAUCACAUUUUAACACAGCUACAAAUCUCAAUGGGGAAGAACGAGUUCCUAACCCCAAAAGCGAUCGCGAAUCGGAUCAAAGCGAAGGGGCUCCAGAAGCUCCGAUGGUACUGCCAGAUGUGCCAGAAGCAAUGUCGCGACGAGAACGGUUUCAAGUGCCACUGCAUGAGCGAGAGCCACCAGCGUCAGAUGGAGGUUUUCGGCCAAAACCCGACCCGAAUCGUCGAAGGAUACUCCGAAGAAUUCGAACGCACUUUCUUGGACCACAUGAAGCGUAGCCACCGGUUCAGUCGCAUCGCCGCCACCGUCGUUUACAACGAGUACAUCAACGAUCGCCACCACGUCCACAUGAACUCGACGGAGUGGGCCACGCUCACUGAGUUUGUCAAGUAUCUCGGUCGAACCGGAAAGUGUAAGGUCGAGGAAACCCCUAAAGGUUGGUUCAUUACGUAUAUAGAUAGAGAUUCGGAGACUUUGUUCAAAGAGAGAUUGAAAAAUAAGCGAAUCAAGGCCGAUUUGGCCGAGGAAGAGAAGCAAGAGAGAGAGAUUCAGAAACAGAUCGAGAAAGCCGCUGAGUUAUUUACCGAGCCCCCGAAGCCUCUCGAGGCUGAACCUGUUAGGGAAUUGAAACCCGAAGCUGGUGUUAAGAUCGGUUUGAAGCUCGCCUCGUCGAAUUUGAAGCCGAAAGAGAGAGGAGAGGGUUCGAAACUGGUGUUUGAUGAAAUGGAAACCGAUAACAAAGCCAGUGUGGCGAAGACGAAUAAUAAUAAUAAGUCCGUUUUGGGGGAGAUGAUGAGGGAGGAGGAGAUGAAGAAGGAGAGGAUUAAUAGGAAGGACUAUUGGUUGUGUGAGGGAAUUGUUGUCAAGGUUAUGAGCAAAGCUUUGGCCGAGAAGGGUUACUAUAAGCAAAAAGGGGUUGUGAAGAAAGUGAUUGAUAAGUAUGUUGGGGAAAUUGAGAUGCUUGAGAGUAAGCAUGUGUUGAGAGUUGAUCAGUUGGAGCUCGAGACUGUGAUUCCGCAAAUUGGGGGACUCGUGAAGAUUGUGAAUGGGGCAUAUCGUGGCACGAUUGCCAAGUUGUUGGGGGUUGAUACGGAGAAGUUUUGCGCCAAGGUGCAGAUAGAGAAGGGUGCUUAUGUUGGUAGAGUGCUUAAAGCUGUUGAGUAUGAUGAUAUUUGUAAACUUCCCCAGCUACGGUUGCAGAUCUGCAGGAGGCAAUUCAUCAACGAACCAAAAAGUUCUAUCCUUCAAGACAGCGGUUAACCCUCCCCCUUAAACCGGGAUCAAAGGAAAAGCCUGUUGUUCUUAACUACAAGAAAAGUCUCAAGGAUUAUUGUGACGGAAAGGCUAAUGUUAUAACAUUCUAAGAAAAGGCUCAACCUUGAUUAGUGAUAUAUAACAUUAGCAUUAGUGACUUAUUAUAGACUGAAUGCAAGGAAAAUGAUCAUUAGAACGUUAAGAUCAGUGACUUACUCCAGACCAUUGUAUCU